CGCCACCUUCCUUCCACCUUUUUCCCACUUCUUCUCUUCCGCGGCAUCCAAAUCAACACUGUGCCAGCUGCAGCGCUGCAACGCCGGCGCCGGCGCCGCAGUGGAAUACAGAGAAGAACGAAGGCGAUCCAAAUCCACUACCCGCUGGACGCUGCAACUACGACGGGUUCCAGUGAUCUCGCCCACCCAUUGAGUACAUGGACAUCCCCUUUUUUGACGACCACAUUGCGCACGAGCUCCAGAGCAUCGUCGUCCUCUCCGACCAAACCCAGACAGAUGCCACCGAGCUGCCCGCCGCCAAUGCGCCGCCCCGCUCGAAGCCCCUCGGUUGUCUCCCUUCCCAACCCUCCCAGAUCAAGGUAGGGUUCAGGGGCUCCUUCAAGGGUGGAUCCGCCCGGAAGAGUCCUGGAAGCGCCGGGAGGUCAAAUCCCUUCGUGAAGAUGACCCGGGUGGCGUCCAGCGCGCAGAUGGGGCUCAAGGGGCUCCGCUUCCUGGACAAGACCUCCGGCGGCAGCGAGGGGUGGAAGGCCGUCGAGAAGCGAUUCGAGCAAUUCUCCGUCAGAGGAAGCCUUCCCAAGGAUAACUUCGGCCGCUGCAUUGGCAUGGCUGAAUCAAAGGAGUUUGCCGAAGAGCUGUUUGUUGCUUUAGCAAGGAGAAGAAACUUGGAACCAGAAAAUGGAGUAACAAAGGAUGAACUAAAAGAGUUCUGGGAAGAAAUGACAGACCAAAAUUUCGAUUCUCGUCUACAAAUAUUCUUUGACAUGUGCGAUAAGAAUGGUGAUGGAAAGCUGUCUGAAGAAGAGGUGAAAGAGAUAAUCAUACUGAGUGCUUCAGCAAACAAGCUUGCGAAAUUGAAAUCAAGUGCAGCGACCUAUGCUGCUCUCAUAAUGGAGGAACUCGACCCUGAUGGCCUGGGCUAUAUUGAGCUUUGGCAGCUUGAGACAUUACUUAGAGGUAUGGUUAGCUCACAAGGAACUGAGAAAACAUUAAAACGUUCACAUAGCCUUGCAAGAACAUUGAUACCGAAGAGAUACAGAAACCCAGUAAAUCGAUUUGUUAGCAACACUGCAGAUUUUGUUCAUGAGAAUUGGAAGAGGAUAUGGGUUAUUUCCUUCUGGUUGACAUUGAAUAUAGUCCUAGCUUCAUGGAAGUUUGCCCAAUACAGAAGGAGAGCAGCAUUUGAAGUGAUGGGUUAUUGCGUCUGCAUAGCCAAGGCUGCUGCUGAGACCUUGAAACUAAAUAUGGCUUUGAUUCUUGUCCCUGUCUGUCGCAACACCCUCACAAGGCUCAGAUCAACUCGUCUUAGCUCAGUAUUUCCAUUUGAUGAUAACAUCAACUUCCACAAGACUAUUGCGCUGGCAAUAACUAUUGGAACUUUAGUGCACACCUUUGCACAUAUAACAUGUGAUUUUCCACGGCUAAUUAACUGUCCACGUUCCAAAUUCAUGAGAACAUUGGGAUCUGAUUUCAAUUACAAGCAACCCACUUAUCCAUCUUUGCUAGCAAGUGCCCCAGGGGUCACUGGUAUUCUGAUGAUUUUCAUCAUGGCAUUUUCUUUCACUUUAGCAACACAUUCUUUCAGGAGGAGUGUGGUCAAGUUGCCAUCACCCCUCCACCAUUUAGCUGGGUUCAAUGCAUUUUGGUACGCUCACCAUCUUCUGGUUGUCGCAUACAUUCUUCUGAUAAUCCAUUCUUUCUUCCUAUUCCUCACCAAGGAAUGGUAUAAGAAGACGGUAAUUCCUACCCAUUUUUCAUACCUUAUGUUGUAUGUGGACAUUUUUGGCAUUAACUUUCUUGUAUGCACACAGACAUGGAUGUAUCUUGCAGUCCCAAUACUAUUUUAUGCUUGCGAGAGAAUAACUCGGAAAGUUCGUGAGAAAAGCUAUGGUGUCAGCAUUGUUAAGGCAGCAAUAUACCCCGGUAAUGUCCUUUCGAUACAUAUGAAAAAGCCACCAGGUUUCAAAUACAAAAGUGGGAUGUACCUAUUUGUGAAAUGUCCUGAUGUGUCACCUUUUGAAUGGCAUCCAUUCUCAAUCACCUCUGCACCAGGAGAUGAACACUUGAGCGUUCAUAUCCGAACCUUGGGCGACUGGACGUCUGAGUUAAGGAACCUAUUUGGAAAGGUUUGUCAGGCUCAGGUCACCUCGAAAAAAGCUAAUCUUGUUAGACUUGAAACCACAGUUGUAGCAGAUGUUCAAUUUGAAGAUACAAGAUUCCCUAAGCUCUACAUAGAUGGCCCAUAUGGUGCACCAGCUCAAAAUUACAAGAAGUAUGACAUUCUUUUGCUCAUCGGACUAGGAAUCGGCGCAACUCCAUUUAUUAGUAUUCUGAAGGAUCUCCUGAACAAUAUAAAGACCAACGAAGAAUUGCAAAGGAUGCAUAACCCAGAUCCCAACAUCGUCAAAUCAAAUGGCCCGGGAAGAGCUUACUUCUACUGGGUAACAAGGGAACAAGGAUCGUUCGAGUGGUUCAAAGGUGUCAUGAAUGAUGUUGCUGAAAGUGACCACAAUAAUGCCAUUGAGAUGCACAACUACUUGACAAGUGUGUACGAAGAAGGUGAUGCAAGGUCAGCCCUCAUUGCAAUGGUUCAGUCACUCCAACAUGCCAAAAGUGGCGUGGACAUAGUCUCAGGGAGCAAGAUACGCACACACUUUGCGAGACCAAAUUGGAGGAAAGUGUUCUCUGAUUUGGCAAACGCCCACAAAGCCGCCCGUAUAGGUGUUUUCUACUGCGGAUCUUCUGCACUUACAAAACAACUUAAAGAUCUUUCACAAGAAUUCAGCCAUAAUACCACUACCCGGUUUCACUUCCACAAGGAGAACUUCUAAAGAAGACAAGAUGAUACAGAUAGGAAAGAACAUAGAGAUAAUAAACAGGAAAGAAUUCACUCUUGCUCUUUAAAUUGUUACAUCAUACAUACACAGUAGAUUUAGCAAAGGUGUGCAUAGUUGAGAGGAAAAUUUAUAGGAAUAUUUGAGCAUGUAAUUUUCAACCAGCAUUAUUUUGAAAGACAUUACUUAAUCUAAUACAAAUUUUACAUCUUUUUUUAA